AAAAAAAAAAGAGGGAGAGAGAGAGAAAGCACAGCCUUCCUGCCCUCUUCAGCUAGGUACAUUUUUCCACCCAUGCUCAAUUCCGCCAUGCAACACACUGCACAAUCCAAUAAAAUGGCAGUGGUGCAGUUCCACAGCCCCAAAGUAAGGAUCCCCAUGAUCCCCACAUGGGGCCAAGACCUAUGUACAUUGUUCACAAGGCUUUUGCUUUCUCUGUGCUAUAGUGUGAAAGCACUCACAGAACUCAGUAGCCAAAAUAAUUAAUCAUUCAUCUGAGAAAUUGGCAAAGGACCUGAGUAGACAUUACUCCAUGAAAGGAAUAUGCAUUGCUACCAGGUUUAUGACAAGUUGCCCAUUAUCAGUACUCAUCAGGGAAACACCAUUCCAAACCACAGAGGGAUAUCCCCUCAGAACCAUAGGGUCAGCUGCUUUCACAAAGACAAGAGAGAAUAAAUGUGGGCAAGGGUGUACCAAAAAGGAAACACUUUUACAUUUGUGUGAGAAUGUUGAGUGGUAUGGCCAUUAUAGAAAACAUUAUUGAAGUAUUUUUGAAAUGUUAAACUAGAACUGUCAAAUGACCCAUUCAUCCUCCUUAUUGGUAUAUGUGCAAAAAAAGAAGAAACAAAAAACCAUAUCAGAUAUAUACCUGCAAUCCCUAGUCGAUGCCUUAUUCACAGAGGCCAAGAUGCAAACUGCCUAAAUGUCCAUCAACAGAAGGUUGGUUAAGCAAUCUUGCUGUCCAUAUAUAUGGCUUGAAAAGUAUAUUUUAAUAAAAGGAUACUACAGAAUUUCCAUGACACUUUGGAAUCACUUGAAGAUUUUGAAUCAUUCUUAACAUGUCUGUGUAUAGAUAUUUAUAUACAUAUAAUGUGUAACAAUACAUUAUACAUGAUAGAUGUAUGAUGAUGCUUAAAUAUAUAUUUAUAUGAUGGAAUGCUGUUCAACUCAAAGAUAAAGGAACUCCUGUCAUUUGUGAGAAACUGGAUGAAAUUGGAGGACAUUAUGGUGAGUGAAAUAAAUGAGAUAUAGAAAUAAUAACACUGCAUGAAGUCUGUUAUGUGUGGAGUCUGAAAGAAAAAAUGGAAAAUUGUUGAAUAUGUCAAAACAGAGAAUAUAAGAGAAGUCUUCAAGGUGGUGCAGUCUGGUGGGAAGAAUAGAGAAAUGUUGACCCAAGAGUACAAAGUGGUAGUUAUAGAGAAGAACUAAAUCUAGGGUUCUGAAGUUAAGCAUGAGAAUCUGAGUUAUUAGUGGAGCAUGCUAUUCUCCAUUAGAAUGAGAAAGUCUGAGAAUUUUCUAACAGUAGAUUUUGUGGGUUCUUACCAUGUGCAGGCACAUAAAGGUUAACUGUGAGAUGAUGAAUAUUUUAUUUACUAGUCUAGAGGAAUCAUUACACUAUGGAUAUGUACAUUACAAUAUCAUUUUUGAAUAUUUUAAUAAUUAUUUUAAAAGAUGUAUUAUUCUAUUUGAAAAGCAGAGUUACAGACAGAGAGGAACACACACACACUGAGAGGGAGAGACCUUGCAUCUUCUGUUUCACUCCCCAAGUGCCUACAACAACCAGGGCUGAGCCAGGCCAAAGCCAGGAGCCCAAAAUGCCAUCUGGGUAUCUCACAAGAGCUCAAGGGCCAAGGACAUAAGCCAUGUUCCACUGCUUUCCCUGGCACCUCAACAGGGAGCUGGAUCAGCUGAAAGUGGAGCCGCUGGGACUCCACCAGCACUCAUAGAGGAGACCAGUGUCUCAAGUGGUGGCUUACCCCACUAUGCCACAGUGGAGACUCCUACAUCUAUUUAGACAUCAGAAUUUAAAAUUUCAAAAAAAAAAAAAAAAACAGUUUUGAUCAUCCACUCAAAUGGAAACCUUAAAAUGUGCAGCUUUUGGGACUGGCAUUUCAUUCAGCAGUUAAGUGGCUUUUGCAAUGCUCACAUAUAGGCCCUACAUAUAGGAUGCCUGUGGGUGAAACUGAAAGUGGAAAGAAGUGGUUACUAAAGGAGGAUGCACAUUCCCUGAAGGGAGGAGAGAACUUCCUCUUUGCUUAUGGCCUUGUCGAGCUAGGUGGAUCCAGAAGGCUUCUGUAGCUGAGGCAGCUCAUGUCAAGCGCCCUGGGUGAGCACUGAGGUCAGACAUAAGAGUGUGAUUUGUUAAAGACACAGUGAGAGCCACUGUGCACUGCCCUCUGUCCUCAAAGCUAUAUCAAGGGACUUCAUAGUAGAACUGUUCUCCAGAAUCACUUCCUUUUAGUGCAUUAAAUGGAGGAUAUUCUUAUGUCUCAUAGGUUAUAGUUCUGUCUAAGAGCUCACAGCAGAUGUAUCAUCCGUGGGUUCUUCUUUGAAGACAAUUAAGUUUCUAAAAGGAAAGAAGGGAGAAGAGGAAGGGAAUAGCAGAAGGGGGCAAAAAGUGAAAUCCCCUUUGAGAAGCAGUAACCUUGGACAGCCCUUUGCUAGGCUGCUGAGUAACAGUUCUCUUAGUUUUCUUGUUCCAUUCUGUCUUUUUUUCUUUCUCAGACUAAACAGGAGAGUUGGAGGAGGAAGAGGGGGAGAAUAGGUGGGAGGGCAGGUAGGUGGGAAGAAGGACUAUGUUCUUAACAUUGCAUUUAUGCCAUAGAUACAACAUUAAAUAAGAAGUUAAUUUAAAAAACCACUUCAAAUAUGUAACACCCAUAUUCCUCAAAAUAAGUUUGCCAUCAUUAUAAAAUUAGUUGCAGUAAUUAUAUAUAAAUAUAUUAUUAAAAGCAUUAGGUUCUUCCCAUACAUUUGCAGAACAAAUUGGAGUUCUGCACACCAAGUGUCACCCUGGCCAAGCCUGACUGUUGCAUGCUUUUGGGGAGUGAAAUAGUAAUGUAACACAUAGUUUUGGUUGUGUUUCUCUGUGUGUAUGUCUCUACAUCUUCAUCUUUACAUCUCAAAUAAGUAUAAUUAAACAAAGAACAUUUUCAUUUCCAUAUGUUCAAAUAUGUUCAAAUUAAUAUGUUCAAAUUUUCUGUUCAAAGUCAUUGAUAAGAAGAUGAAUAUACAGGCCAACAUAGGGAGAAACUUUUUGAAAUUGCAUACCUAAUAUAACAGUUCUAUCCAGAAAACUAAAAGAACUCUCAAAAUUCCUUUCUAAGAUAAUAAAAUGACCCAUUUAUCAGGGAAGCUUAAAAUUCAGCAUUUCAAACAGGUAGAAAAGCCUUGAGAUCUCUUUAAACAGCAGGUGGGGUGACUUCCUAACAGCCCUGAGAAAGGAAGGCUUGUUGGGACACAUUUUCUGCCUUGGUAUUUUCAUACACAUACAUGACUAUAUGAGCGAUACAUGCUUAGGUGAUUUGGGGACACGGUCUGUAGUAUCAGUGCAGGAUCUAUAACUAUGAGACUGGCAGAUGGGUAGGUUGUCCCCACCAGUGGGGGUCUUGUGCCUCAACCUAGCUUAGGCCCCUGGAAGGCAGAGUUCCAAAGAUUCCAUGACACGCUCCACCUUCUAAUUCUGUGAUGGCAACGGCAGACCGUUAGCUGCCACACAACAGCCAGUCCUAGCAGAGACUGAGCUACAGGCAGUGCCUUGAAUCUAGGCUUUGGCAGUUUUAUCCUUGUUUGUCCAGUGAAGAACUUCCCAGUGUUGUCGGGCAGUGGAUCAGGUGUUUCACAUCAUCCCUGUUGUCCUGCUGUGACACACCAUCAGCAUGGCAGGAUCCCACAGCCCUGCCUCAGAUCCCGAGGCAGAACUGAAUGACCUCGAAUGCCAGCAAUUGAGAUCCCAGCUGGCAAAGAGCCAACAGGACUGCUGGGAGCUCCAGGAGAAGUUUCUCAUAGCUGAGGCUACAAACUUUGCCCUGGCCAUGGAGCUGAAAAAAUACAAUUGUGAGAAGUUUAAAAACAUCAUUGAGUCCAUACUGACCAAGAAGCUCCACUUGGAGGAGCCGCUGGCAGAGAAGCCCACGGUCCCAGAGCUGCUCAGGCAUUGCCGUGGCAUCCUUGAAGAUCAGGACCAAGAACUUUCCCAGUUACGUCCAAAGGUCCAAAGGGGGAGAAAUCUAGCCCACAUCCUGCAGCAGUACCUGAAGGACGUGCUCACCGUGCAUGACCCUGAGACCUGUACGGGGCAGGGCUUCCGACGACUGCUCACUGAGGCUGUCCGGCUGUCAGCGUGCCUUGAGGACCUGCUAGGAGCAGAAAAUAUUGAAGAGGAGGAAACACCAGCACAAGGACCUGUUGCUGACAGGGAGCUCUUGGAAGUGGAUGAAAUGGAAACCCCACAAAAUUCACAGCAGGAAACAUCUAUCACUGGUGCUGUUGACCACCUGCUGAGUGACUCCUGCCUGCCUGAGGGCACUGUGCAAAUGUCUCCUGAUGCUGAGGACACCCACAGUGUGCUAGGUGUAGAUGGGGAACACGCUUGUUCACAAAAGAAAGAAGAACCUGUCACCGUUCUCCCAGAAAAUCAAUAUCACGAAGUGGAGGUACAAGAGCAAGUUGUCACAUACACUUCCAGCAGGGAGCUCCCAGAGGAGCAAGAGCGGGAAGACCCAGAGGACUCACUGGACGAGUGCUACCUCACUCCCUCGAUUUUUCCGGUCGUUUCUGAGCUUGACCAUUCCACGUGGAGCAGCUGGUGCUCCCUGGAGCAGCAGGACAUGCUCUCUGCUCCAGAUGCAAAUGAAAAGGAACAUGACAAUGAUGAAAUGCAAGAGGAAGCACAAGCCCUGUCACACACCAGGGAGAUUCCAGAGAUUGAAGAUCAAGAUGUCUCACAAGACUCUCACGAAAAUCAAUAUCACGAAGUGGAGGUACCAGAGAAAACUGUCACAUACACUUCCAGUCUCAUCAGGGAGAUUCCAGAGAUUGAAGAUCAAGAUGUCUCACAAGACUCUCACGGUACGCGUUUGACUCCUGCACUUCUUCCGGAAGCUUCUGACUGGUCCCAUUCUAGGAGCACCUGGUCCUCACUGGAGAAACAGCCUGUCUGCUCUGCUCUUGUUGUAGACAAAAAUCAAUAUCACGAAGUGGAGGUACCAGAGAAAACUGUCACAUACACUUCCAGUCUCAUCAGGGAGAUUCCAGAGAUUGAAGAUCAAGAUGUCUCAGAAGACUCUCACAGUACGUGUUUGUCUCCUGCACUUCUUCCGGAAGCUUCUGACUGGUCCCAUUCUAGGAGCACCUGGUCCUCACUGGAGAAGCAGCCUGUCUGCUCUGCUCUUGUUGUAGACAAAAAUCAAUAUCACGAAGUGGAGGUACCAGAGAAAACUGUCACAUACACUUCCAGUCUCAUCAGGGAGAUUCCAGAGAUUGAAGAUCAAGAUGUCUCAGAAGACUCUCACGAACUGAGUUUUGUUGAUGCCCCUGAGAGGAAGACCCGUUCCCAGCUGGAGGGAGGGUCCUCACAAAGAUCCCAUCACCAGCAAGAGUGAGAGUCAUAGCAUCAGCCCCAGUGA